AGAUGAUGUACGCUGGACUGUUAGUAUGGGAUGAUUUGGGGAUACAUUGCAGCGUACCCAUCACGAGUUCUGCAUAUGAAGAGGAGCAGAGUUCUACACAGUUCAUGCAUCAAUCCUACCGUUGUUCACUCUCUGCUGAUAGUUUUGUAUAGUACCUAAUCAUGUUGACAUUUUCUAAUAUCUAGGUCCAGCGCCAUCAUACUUCCAGUCAGUCUCCUGAGUUAUACAGUUGCUCCAUCGCAUAUACUCGUUUCCCAGAAGAUCGCGCAGUCCCGCCUAUAAUCGUCCUCUUGGGGCGGAUUUGGACCAUCAUGUGUCUGAACUUCAUAUAACUCAUCGGUUCCCUGAUAGAGCUUCGGUUAUGCCAAUCUCGUCCGCUUGGUUUGAGCUACCCCUUACCAUGGAUACCUCUACCUACUCACAGACAUCCGGAUCCGGAAGUCACAGUCCGCCAAUGGACGAUUCUGACUACACCCUAGACAGCAGACUGCGCAGCUUCCGGAAGCACUUUACUGAUAUCAAACCUCCAAGCGCCCUCCGUAUCGGCCCUAUCAAACCGCUGUCACUCCAGCCCAAGCGUUCGACCAGUUUUCCACAAAGCUCGACUCCUUACAGCAAACCUUCUUUCGACAGCAACACCAACACCAACAACAUCGACACAAGUCACACCCUUCUCCCUCCAACCAGCACGACAACCAGCUCACCCACCCCCGACAACUCGUUCAACCUCAACAUCAACCCCUCGACCAACGCCACAAACACCCUCACCCGUGCCGACAUCAUCCGACACAUCCAACUGAAAAAAUUCCUCGAGGCUUUCGUCCGUCGGCGCAAAAACCUGAAAACCGAACUCGAGGACCGGCUCCGCUUGCUCAAGCAAGAAGCCAAGAACAACCGGCGCCGGAGACAAAACGUUUUCUUCUACCCAUCAUCGGCCACCACCUCCACCACCACCACCGCCGCAGCGAAUAAUGGAAAUAACAGCAGCAACGGGGACAUCAACGUAAACGGAAUGCUGGAUCUGCAGAAGGAGCAAAGGAUUGACGGGCUGGUGGAGGAGAGGAUUAGGCUGGCGCACGAGACGUAUGAGCAGCAGUUGGCUUUGUUGAUUAAUGAGUUUGUGGUGGUGGGGUUGAGGGAGGAGGUUUUGAGAGUUAUUUGAGUUUUUGUUCGGGGGAGGAGGAGGAAGGGGGUUGUUGGCGGUGAUGGGAGAUGUUUGGUGAAAAUGUUGUGAAUGGGU